GCGCGGCCGCCAAAUAAUUGUGUCCCCCGUCCCCUCCAUGUUUUGAUAGUUAGUUCCGUUCUUGGAACCUACUGUAUCGUACAGUUUUCUCAUUUAAACUUAAGUGCAACGUUCAUUCCUAAACAAAUCCUCUGUUCGGCUCUGAGUAUUCGUUGUAGUCCAGUUCGCAUGAGGAGCUGGCAUUGGCCUGGUGCCUUGUGUUGUCUGCAAACUUGGCCUUGAACAUUCCAUUUGAGUGGCUCAGGGCAGAAUGCGAAGUCCUUUUCCAUUACUACCUAAAAAUGAGGUUAACGCCGGAGUCAAUGGCAAUGAAAAUAAAAUCCAUGGUAACCAUUUGUGUAAUAACUUCACGGCUUUAGCGCACAGUUUUUAUUUUGUCCACAUCAAAACUGAUAACUUUAGAGUUACAGACACAGCAGACGCAAAUGUGGGAGUAAAUGGUGUACUAAUGUUUUAGAUGCAGACCCCCAUUCUAACCACCAACAUUUCACGAUAAAGUGUCCUUGCUUGACACGUUAAUCUGUAUUUUGUUUUCUUUUCAAUUGCUGGCAGAUUUAGUGCUCCUCUCCAGCUCCACAGAUUUACAGCACACAUUUAGUUUUGCUUAUCUCUCUCUGGCACCAGCACAGAAUGACAGCGAUAAAAAGAACGGACAAAUCUAUUACAAUUGCAACACUUUCUAACCUUGGGGCCAAAUCCGACAUGCCCAACCCCCUUUCACUUAAUUAUUAUGUAAGUCUAUUUGCUCUCCAAACAAGGCACAGGGGAAAAGAUCCACAGACCGUCCAGAACAACAGCAGCAAACUCUCAGCGAGAUUUCUCGGUAUGAUCGGCCAUGCUGUUCUCAGGCCACAAUCUCUGUGUGGGAUUCUUUGUGGGCGAGCGCGGUUUUUCAGCGGGAUGCCGGUAGCUAAAGUUCCCCACGUACCGCAACGUGCCGUGAGUGCCGGAGUGGAUGCAACAGUGCAACAGAAACGAUUUGUGAGUCUGUCAACUACAUCCAGGAACAGCAGGUCAGAUGGGAAAUUGACAGUCCACUUCAUCAAUCGACAUAGUGAGAAGCUAACUGCGGUGGCAAAGGAGGGCGACAGUCUGCUUGAUGUUGUGAUGCACCACAAUUUAAACAUUGAUGGAUAUGGUGCAUGCGAAGGUACUCUGGCUUGUUCAACGUGUCAUAUAAUCUUUGACAAGGAGACUUUUCAGACUUUGGAUACGAUAACAGAUGAAGAAUUGGACAUGUUGGAUUUAGCCUUUGGAUUGACGAGCACGUCUCGGCUGGGUUGUCAGAUUUGUCUGAAGAAGUCACUGGAUGGAAUUACUGUGAAAAUACCAAAAGAAGUAUCCGAUGUCCGAAAGGCAGCUGAUGCAAAAGAACAAUUGUAAAAAGUGGCUGCCCGUCCCAGUUGUACUGUCCCUCUCGGCAACAGAUUCCAAUCACAAUUCACAAAGUCUAUACACUGAACAGCCCCAUGUCAAGCCAUUUAAUUCAAGCCAGGACACAGACAAAGCUGCAGCAGCAAGAAUAUUUCCAACAGAAACUGAGUUUUUCAUAAAGGAUACCUUUCAUAAAC